AUGGGCAGUGGUGACUCGGCGACUUCGCUCGCUCCAGGAUUCCGAUUCCACCCGACCGAUGAGGAGCUUGUCCGUUACUACCUCAAAAGGAAGGUCACUAACAAACCGUUCCGUUUCGACGCCAUAUCCGUCACCGAUGUUUAUAAAUCUGAGCCGUGGGAUCUUCCAGGGCCGAAGAAUGGGGAGCAGUAUGGGGCACCAUUUAUUGAGGAGGAAUGGGAUGAUGAUGAAGUGCCUAUGUUGCCAAGUGAAGAGCUGGUGCUGACUGGAGAAGCGCCAGUUAGUGAUGAUGCAUACCUGGAAAUGAAUGAGCUUGACCAGAAUUUCGACACUGGAAUUACUUCUGAAAAUACUGCCCUUCCGCAAAACUUCUACUAUGGGGAAUCAAGCAACUAUGUGGAACAGCCUGGAAACUUCAGUGAAGAUGAUCUAAAGCCUGUGAUAAGGGGGCCUGAGAAUCGAUAUGUUCCAGUUCUGCGAGCUGAACCAAACUUGGACUUACUUGGACAAUAUGAGGUGGAUGCAGACAAAAAAGAAUAUGAUGUGGAGCCUAUGAAUAAUGUGAACGCUGUUGAUGCAAAUUAUUUGUUUGAUGAAUCAUACUUGGAUGGUCUUCAUAAUUUUCCAGAGAGAGAAGGAUUUUUCCUAGAAGCUGAUGAUCUUUCGAAGCCCGUGGAGCCGGAGACAGCUGGAGAUUUCUCUGGUUUUGACAUGCUAGAAGAGUACCUCAAUUUCGAUGAGAAUAUGUCUUUUGAUCCUUCUGUUAUUUUCGGAAGUGAGACUACUGUUUCUGAGCAACAGCUUCCACCCCAAGAGGAUGUCAAGGGAGAAACUGAGGAACUGUCCGAGGCAAGCCAAAGACUAUUAGAAACACAUGGCACCGUCGAUCCAUCCUCAUCAAAGCAAAAGGCAGAGACCAUGAAAUUAGAUUCUGGUGCAGAUUCCAAAUAUCCAUUCAUCAAGCAGGCCAGUCACAUGUUGGGGAACAUUCCUGCACCUCCUGCUUUUGCUUCCGAGUUCCCUUCCAAGGAUGCUGCUCUUCGCUUACAUUCAGCAUCUUCAAGCUCAAUUCACGUUACAGCCGGUAUGAUAAGAAUAGAAAACACGAACUCAGGUGGCAAUGGCCUGGAGUGGUCAUUUGGCAAGAACGGAAAUGUCAAUAUCAUCUUUUCUUUUGGUAUGCCACAACAAGAAGGUGGUCCUGCCAGUUUGGUGCCAAUGACCAGCUUGUUCUCAAGCAAGACAGAGUCUGUGGUGUCGCGUGGUUGGCUCUUCUUGAUGUUCUUUUGGGUCCUAAUUCUUUCUGUGAGUUAUAAAAUCGGGACCUGUAUUUGUGCCAAGUAA